AUGAUUAAUGGCUGGUACAGAGGGGGUUCCAAACUGGAACUGGCUACAAGAGCUGAGAAGCAGGGACCAGCUGGCCUCCUGGAGCCGUGGGGGCUCCAUCGCGAGCGGCUUCCACGCAAAGGUUGGGAUGCGGCUGGCAUCUGUGCCAGCGCAACCGAGCGCAAUGCUCUGCCCCCCACUCCCAGCCUAUCCUCUUGCUUUCCCACUCCGUUUCUCCUGGCAGAUCUUCGGACCGUCUGCCCUCCGGGCACCUUCGCCCAUCGAGAUGGAAACCAGUGGUACUGCUACAAGUUCUAUGAAGAUCGACUCACCUUUCAAGAGGCAGAGGAGGAGUGUCAGUUCAGGUGGAAAGGUCAUCUAGCAUCCCUAACAAGUGACACCCAGGCAAAGCUCGUUGGCACCUAUGUCGCCAAAGAGAACAUAGAAAACGCCUACGUCUGGAUUGGGCUGCAACGAACCCCAACAUCUGAUCAGAAUACUGGCUGGCGCUGGACGGAUGGCACACGAUCUCGGUAUACCAGUUGGAACCGUGGUGAACCCAAUAAUGCAACUGGGAAGGAGCUUUGCGUAUUUCUCCUUCCUCACUCAGGGUACAUGAAAUGGAAUGAUAAAAACUGUGACUUCACCACUCCAUUUCUCUGCAAAUGGAAACCCUCUUAAGCCAAGGUUGCAGAUGGAGUUGGGAGUGCUCCCCAUUGAUUUGAAACCUGAGCUGAAGAUAGUUUGGUUCCAUCUGAAAUCCUUCUCCAUGGCACAAAGCCUCUUUGCCAGGAAGACCAUCUGAACAUCAAGCAGCUGGUUACUCGGUGUCCUCUAGACUUGCUUCGCUUCCCCUCUUUCUGAAGAAAGUGCUCCUCACUUGAUAAUAAAGUCUGCUCUGCCAUU